UAUGUGGCAUUGUGACAACCAUAGGGGAUUAAAGAAACCUUGUUCAGGGUGAAGUUUUGGGAACUUGAUUAACAUAAUUUUUGGGCAGACAACGUACAGAUUCGGCAAAUGAAACUUUUCAAAUAAUAUUAUGCAAAGAAACUGUAUCAGAAUUUUUUCCAAGCGGAUGUGAACACCUCCUGCACUAUACGCGAUUUUAGAGAAUAAAAUUAUAAUAAUUUGAACGUCCAGUACGACAUGUAUCCCGCUUCCUAGGUGACCAAGUGCCAACACUCGUAACAUUUGACAGCUUCUGCAAAAUCGAACUCGAAAAAAAUCAUUGAGCUAGAAUGGCUGCCGCAGCGCUUCCAAAAGUAGUGGCUCAAUUCAAGAAAAUCGCACCCCUGGCCAACAGGGUGUUGAUAAAGAAAGCUGAUCCUAUCACUCAAACCAAGGGCGGAAUAGUGUUGCCAGACCAAACUAAAACUAGAAUCCACAGAGGAACAGCGAUCGCUGUUGGUCCAGGCGGAAGGAAUGACAAUGGGCAAGUAAUCCCAAUGCAGGGCGGAAUCGUGAUACCAGAAAAUACCAAAGAACGAAUCCGAAGAGGUUACGUGGUAGCAACCGGUCCAGGUGCCAGAGGCAAUAAUGGUGAGAAAAUUCCAAUGAGCGUCAAACCUGGCGAUGAAGUGCUACUUCCUGAUUACGGUGCUACCAAAUUGGAGCUGGGGGACGAUGAAGUUUAUUAUAUUUACAGGGAAACUGAAAUACUGGCAAAGAUUAACGAAUGAGUUUGUGUUUUGAUGUGGUUCAAUAAAAUGAUCCAGUAGUUGACUGUUA